AUGUCAGAGCGAUUCACCUCAGGGCAAAGUCUGAGCACCUCUCAUUUGAAUUCCGCCACAAGGCUGAAAGUGAUAUUGCAAAGACAUAAUGUUGCGAAAGACCCCGACAGGCACUUGGCUUCCGGCUUGGGUCCCAGAGUCAACACUGACUCUCUCGGCCCUGUUGAUGAUCUGUUCGAUGGUGCAAUCGGCGAUUUCCCUGACAUUGAGCAAACUGGCGGAUAUGAUGGAUCAAUGCUCAACGGCCUCAACAUUUUGCCCUCGUGUACGGAAUACUUCAAUCUGAACCCUGCGACCACUGCUCUCAACACUGCUUCCGUCUUCAUCGGUGGCUUCUUCGGCCCACUCGUCUCGGGGAUCAUUGCAGAUCGCCUCGGACGACGUCCAGCUGUGUUCUGGGGCUCGGCAUUGACGCUUGUGGGAGUUAUACUUCAGACUGCCGCCCAAAACAUCGCAAUGUUUGUGGUCGCACGCAUAACCCUGGGAUUCGGCUCGGCAAUCUCUGGAAUCGGUGGUGGUGUGUAUUUAUCUGAGGCUUUUCCGAGCAAGUGUCAAACAUGGGGAGUCGGCGUGUUGAAUAGCCAUUGGAGGAUUGUCAAAACUAGCUUGGUCUACGGGGACGUGGCAGUCAUGUUCCUGUUCCAGGGAUUCUACUCCAUUGCCUGGACGCCAUUGUUGUACCUCUACCCGCACGAGGUCAUGAAUUAUGCGAUUCGCGCGAAUGGACUUGCAGUCUCUUCGUUCAUGCUGAAUGCUCUUGCUGUUCUCCUUGUUUUCAUCAUACCAAUUGGCUUGAACAACAUCGGCUGGAAAAUGUAUAUCGUGAAUGGAUCGUGGGACAUCAUCGUCGUGGUACUUAUCGCUGUGUUCUGGGUAGAGACGAAAGGCCGAACACUCGAGGAAAUCGAUGCUAUCUUCGAAGGACACAAGCAUUCGAACGUCCCAGAUGUUGAAUUGGUUCGUAGAGGAAAAGCACAAAUCGAUGUAGGCCAAGUGGAGCAGGAAAUCCACACUGUCGUGCAGGCAACAAAAUUGGAGUAA